GUCGCGCGUGGGUCUCCAUCCCCCCCAAGCGCGUGAGCGCGCUUGGCGCUUCUCGUCGCACUGAUGGAUUCGCGCUCGUAUUCCGGAAGAAGCUCAAGUGACGGGAAUCUCAUUUGGAUUCUCUCCAUCCCGCCAUGGAAGGCGAGGAACUCGGUUCGAGGACUUCUUCGUCCUUUGCCCCCGCGCCGAGACCCGAACCCGAACCCGCACGUCCUCCUCCGCCUCCCUCAUCUUCAAAGCACAAGGGCGCGCCAAACCAGCGGCAGCGCUUCGCAGUCGAGCUGCGACCCGGCGAGACAACCAUCGUCUCCUGGAAGAGGCUCGUCAAGGACUCGAGAAAGUCGACUCACCCUCCACCCGCCCCUGACCCGCCAUGUGGGGCCCACCCCGCCCUUGAGUCCAGGAUCGCUCCUGCAGCGGGCCCGGGCCCGACCGUAGAAGACGAAGGGAGGGAUGCAUUGCCUCCUCCGAAUCGUUUUAGUGCUGUUAUUGAGAAGAUCGAGCGCCUCUAUAUGGGCACGCAAAGUAGUGAUGAGGAAGAACUUGAUGAUGUCCCUGAUGAGGAUGAUUAUGACACAGAAGAUUCUUUUAUAGACGAUGCUGAAUUGGAUGAGUAUUUUCAGGUUGAUAAGUUGUCAACAAAACACAAUGGUUUCUUUGUUAAUCGGGGAAAGUUAGAACGAAUAAAUGAACAUGUCUCCUCUCCUAAAGAUCCACCAAAGAAACGAAGAAGGAAAGAUUCGACCAAACAUCAAAAUGAAGUGGAUGGUGAGCACUUGCCAAAUAAGCAUGUAAAAUUAGGCAACAUGCGAAUGAAAGGUGCUCCAAGGAGUGAACCAUUGAUGGGGAGCAAGUUGUCAAGCCCCUCUAAAAUUUCACUUUCCUUGGGCAAAAAUUGUCAAGAAGUAAAAUCUAUAUCGAAUCAGUUGAAUGUUCCUCCAAGAUCUUCGAAGAAGAAGUCCAUAGAUUUGACCUCUAGGUCAGAGUAUCCAUCUGUAGAGGCUCCAAAUAAGGAUUCUUCUGCAUUUCCCAUGGAACCGAAGCAUAUAGAGAAACAGAAGAGUGAUGUUGUCCAGUCUAGGGACUUGUCUGAUAAAGUGACAGUUACAAGCGAAUCAUCUGAUGCUUUGUAUCAGGCUUGUCACAAUAAAGGUGUUUCUAUGCAAGAUGAGCUCCAUCCAAGAAAAAUAUUGAAUGGUUCAAACGAAAUAGAACUAUCCACCAAAAUCCAGCAUAGAGAGAAAAGUGGAGGUAGUGUAUUGCCUGACACAAAUUCUUCAGGAAGCAAGCAUCCCAUCCAAAGAGCAAAAUCAAAAUCCACUCUGACCAAGGAAGGUUCUUCUGUGAGGCCGAAGGGCACAUUGCUUGAACGGGCCAUUCAGGAUUUGGAAACAACAGUUGCAGAAUCAAGACCACCAACCAUUGAAGUUCAAGAAGCUGAUGGUUCAUCCCAAGGAGUGAAAAGGAGAUUGCCCCCAGAAGUAAAACAAAAGCUUGCUAAAGUUGCUAGAUUAGCGCAGUCAAGCCAAGGAAUAAUAUCAGAAGAGUUGAUUAAUCGCCUCAUGAGUAUUCUUGGUCAUGUGGUGCAGCUCAAAACAUUGAAGAGAAACCUGAAGAAGAUGGUUGAAUUGGGACUAUCAGCGGAGCAAGAGAAAGAUGAUAGGUUCCGGCAACUAAAGAAAGACGUCGUUGAAAUGAUUAGAAUACAAACCUCCUUUUUGAGGUCAAAGGUAAGCUUUGGAAGUAUGCAGGAAUAUUUACAAUAUGCUUUAAGUCCACAGCUAAGGAUAUGUUUAUCCCAGAUGAAGGCAGCUAUACAACAAGAUGGAUCAUCCGAUGAUUUUCAGGAUGUGCAUCAUGGUUCAGAUGAAAAAGGAAGAUAUGGUAUGGAUGAUGCAAUGGAAGACAAGAUCUGUGAUCUCUAUGAUCUGUAUGUUGAGGGGAUGGAUGAAGACAAAGGCCCACAUAUCAGGAAAUUAUACGUGGAGCUUGCAGAGUUGUGGCCAAGUGGAACAAUGGACAAGUGUGGUAUCAAAUGUGCCAUCAACAGAGCGAAAGUGCGGAAAAGAUUGCUAUAUAGCCGUCUGAAGGAGGAGAAGAUGAAGAGGAAGAAAAUAUCAGCUGCAGCUAAGAUGGAAGAAACCACUCGGGGAGAAGGUAAUGUAAAUGCUCAGCCACGACCUGCACAAGAGAGGCUGGCUACUGAUUCUAGUAGAGCCUUUAUGCCGAAUGACAAGCCAACUUCCAGUCUACACCUUCCCACAUCUGGCAAGACGUCCAACCCACCUUUAAACGCUUCAAGCCUGGAUCGGCCGAGACAAGAGAAGGUUCGAGUGAGUAUAAACAUGGUUGAUGAGGCCAGCAAUGGCAAGACAACUGAUGUUGCAGUUUUGAAGAAGAAAGUGAAGAGGAAGCCAGAAUCGAAUUUGGGGGAAAACAAUUUUCGUCCUGUGAAGCUACCACCCCCUUUGCAACUUCAUGGAGAGGAAAGACACAAGUCUCACAAGCUUGCCCCAAAUCACCACCAUAAAUCAAGCCAUCAGUCAGCCAUUCUUCAACAUUGCGAGCAACCUAGCUGACCUGAUGAUGCACUACAUUUAAAUUACAUGCCUACAAAUAUUAGGUAAAGCUGGUUUUCAUUUCUAAUUGGGUAGGAUCUGAUUUCCACAAGUGUCUCAGGGGCCUCCUCUUUUGAAGCGGAUUGAAUGUAUUCCACCCAAAUCCAAGCAGGAUUAAAGCGUCCAAUAGAGUGCAUCCUGCUCAGGAUUAGCGGUCGAAUGAAAUUGUCUUGAGGUACUAUUCUACACCCAAAAAAAAGAAAAAGAGAAAGGAAAUCAUCCAAACGCCUGUAAAGUCAGGAAAAUGUCUGUAUAUGAGAUAAUCAGAUAACCUUUUAUUAGUUAACCAGCUGAUCACCAAAUUACUUAGGUCCCCCGCCACCUAUAAGAACCGAGGAAUCAACGUUGCACUUGUUA